AUGUUAAAUCCGUGUAGUACACAAGUGUGGUUUAUUGUGGAGCUAUGUGAUCUGGCUCAAGUCAAAAGCAUACAAAUUGCAAACUUUGAACUAUUCUCUUCUACUCCUGAAAGCUUUCGGGUGUAUGUCAGUAAAAGAUAUCCCACGAGAGAGUGGACUGUGUUAGGGACAUUUCAAGCUCGCGAGGAAAGGACGAUACAAACUUUUCCACUAGAUGAACCAAUCUAUGCCAAGUACUUUAAGGUAUGAAUCUGUGAACAGUUUGCUGUCAAGUCGCCCAAAGCCAAAGUUAGUCGUCAGGCCCCAGUUGUAUAAAAAAUGGAUAACAUUAUCCACCCGAUACGUCACUAUCUACUGGAUAACACGACUGGUUUCCCUAAUACUUAUCCAUGGUGGAUAGUGCUAUCCAAGUUUUGAACAGCUGUGGCCAGAAGGUUUAUUAUGCUUAGCAACUUUCUAACAUCCUAUUACACAUUAGUCGCACUUGUUUUGUCUCAUUGAGGCUUAAAGAACGAGAUAUAUUACUCAUAUAAUUAUUGUGCCUUUUUCGCCUUCUUUUGGCUUAAUGAGUGACAUAUUUAGUGAACAACACAUUUAUCAUGCUCGUUUUGUCUAAGGCUUUAAAAAACAAGACAUUGCACAUAGGACGCUUAUAUGGUUGUCUUAUUAACGAAUCACUUAUUUUAAGUACCUUGUUGGUAGAAAUUUCUUUCUUUUUUUGGAAUUCAGUCGAUGCGAAGACAAUUUUUAGCUUUUUUAAACAGAUACAUUGUAGUAAGUACACCUUAGUGUGACAUAAACCCUGUAAGUACCUUAUGUGUUGUCCUUCAUUCAAUUAGGUUGAGAUGUUGAGUCACUUUGGCUCAGAGCAUUACUGCCCACUGAGCCUUCUGCGUGUGCACGGCAGCAGCAUGAUGGAAGAGCUGGAAGACCAUGAAACAGAUGGACAGGAAGAGAACGAUAACAGUGACAGUGACAGUGAUGUGCCAGUGUUACCUUCUGAUCCUAGUGCCAAGGUUGAAGAUCAAACCCAAAAUCUGCUGGAAAGAGCAGCUGAUACGGUUUUUAAUCUGGUCAAGAAAUUCACUGGAAAUGGGCAUGAUAACAAGCAAGAUAAGGAAGGUUAUGACAGUAAACUCGGCACCCAAGACAAUAAAAUGACUGCUUCUGAGAAGGAAUCCCAAGGUGAAAGCAAGGGCAAAAUUGUCACUCUUGUUGGUCAUGAAGAGCUCAACGAAAAUUCACAAAUGACUAGUGACAAUGCCUGUAUAUUAAAGCAAGGUCACAGUCGUGAUAGAAACGCUUCACAAGGAAAAUGUGUGUCUGGUAAUAUAAGCCAUGAAGGUAGUCCACCUUGCAGCAAAGCAGAUAACGAGGGAGAGACUCGUACAUGUAGCCCUGCUCCGUCAGCAUGCCAGUUGUUUGCCCAGGUAUUGGGGCACUACAGUCUGGGGUGUUUUGUGGGACGAAUACUCUUUUCAAAGAAUGAAAACUUUACAGUAUCAAUAAAUUUAGCCACGAGUGGUGAUUACAAGCGAAAUUCUAUUUUAACUCAUGCGAAAGGUAAAGGUGAAUCUUAUCAAAAGAAAGAAAGUCAAGACCAAGAGAAAGUUCCUGCAGAACAGGCUGGAGAACCAUCUACUGUUGACAACUCAGAAGAGAACAGUGCUGAAUUAGAUAUUGUAGACCAAGAAUUCUCUGUUAUCAUUCCUGAAAUGUCUUCCAGCGUUCUGAAAAUAUCAAAUGAAGUUACCAGCUCAGGCGCAUCGGGAGUUUCAGAAUAUGUUGACCCUUCGCCCGGAGUUUUGCAGCCUAGCGAGUCACUAAACAUUUUCGUGUCAGAGGAUGAGAAGAAGAGGGAAACUGAUGAUAAAACCCCUUCGUUAGCAGAAGUGUCAGUUGUUACGUCCUUACCUUUAAAUGCCACUCUGCCGGCUUCUUCAUCUGUGGUACUUAAAAGUUCCCAAGUGCCAGUAAUUAAGGAUUCUUUUGUUGAUGUUCCACAAGGUGAAUCCAAGUUACACGAUCAGCAGGAGUUAAAUAAACAACCUGUACAAAGCAUUCCUGACAGACCGUCAACUGUGUUAGAAAGUGAACAGGCACACUCUGUGACAAAAGGCACUUCUCAGCAGCCAUUACCUAUGAAUGCGAAGGAUAUAAGUUCCAAAGAUGAAGAGAAAAUAGAAGACAAUGUAACGGUUACUGAUGAAUUAAAUGGUAGCAAGGGUGAAGAUAAAACCGAAGCUACAUCAUCGGAAUGCAAAGGGCCAAAUUUAAUUCACAUUAUGUCUCAAUCUUCUCCAGAUAUUGACGUCUUGGAGACAAAACUCACUGACAAAGAUGGACGAGAGGGUACUGCUCAAUUACCUGAAGAGGUACAGUUAGAAAAAGAGCCUAUACAUAGUGCCAUUGAAGCGUCAGAAUCAACCAAAGCAACUGAUUUUUCAAGCAUAAAUUUAGAGCCAGUUAGAACAGAAGGUGAAGGAUUGAAACCAGAUUUGGACAACCAGGAGCUGGGUAUUGAGAGCACAAAAUUGGAAUCCAAAAUGUUGGAAUCUGAAAAUGUGGGUCCAGUUAUUCAGCCUACCAUUCCUCCUAGUAUUGACAUUACUGACACUUCAGACCCUGUUGUUCCAUUGCCAGCUCCUCCUGUUAUUGGAGACACAAGCUUGCCUAGCCAUGAGUUUUCAACUGCAGCAUCGUCAGCAGAAGCUACUCUUGAUACUUCAAUCCUCAGCAAAGCUCAACAAGCUGCUGUUUCUUCUUCAGCUGGAGUAUCGUCAUGGGUCGGGUCAGGAGGGCAGAUGGAAUCCAUAUUUGUUCGUCUUAGUAACAAGAUCAAGGUUCUGGAACAGAAUUUGAACAUGAGCACCCUGUAUAUGGAACAGCUGCAUCAGAGGUAACUUUUACAAAAUCUCUUCAAUUCCUUGUUGAUACAGGUGGUUACAGCACCAUGUUCUGUUUAAAACUUUACUUGUGUGGGCCCAGGCUCCGGCUGCAAAAGGGAAAAGGCGAAAAAAAAAAACACAGCAAAUGAAGGGGCGGAAAUGACAAAAAAGUGGGAAGCUGGGGACGGGAAUUCUUUUUUUCUGUUGCCCUUUUCCACACCCCAGUCCAUGGUUUUUGUUGUAGUUGUAGUUGUUGUUGUCUUUGUUUGUUUUUUCUUUUCUUGUCUUUUUUUUUUUUGCUGUUUCACCCCCUUUUUCACCUUUUCCUCCACUACAGAGCCUGGUCCCAGGCUAAAGCUACAUGUACAACCUGAUAGACAAAACUCUUCAGAUGGUUCCAUCUAUUAAUUUUUAGAAUUACGCGCCAUAUUACCAUCUCCUCUAAACAUCGAAUAAAAUUACCCCAACCUCUCCCCCUAUUCAAUAGUGGUUUGGCCUUUAAACCAGUGUAUAUAAUUCUGGACCCAGUUGUUCGCAGGCUGAUUAGCGCUUAACCCAGGGUUAAAUUUAACCCAGGUUUCUUUUUCUUUUUUCCAAAGCAUUUUCUCGGAUAAUUUGCUCCGUUGUUUUUAAGACCAUCCAAUCAUCAACUUGUUGACAAAAAGAAUUUAACUGAAUUUACUUUUUAAGCUUUCAUAUCUGAAUUCUUAUUUCGCACUAACCCUAGGUUAUCUUAACCCAGUUUUGAACAAUCCGUCCCUGGGCCCGGUUCCUGAAAGGUCGAUUAGCGCUAAUCCAGGAUUAAAAUUUUGUUCCGUUUUUGUAAUUUACCUUCCUACGUAUUGCUUAGAGUAAUCUUUUGUGUUAUCAUUGCUGUAUCUCGGGGUAAAGGCUCAACAGUAUUUUUUUAGCUUGAGUUGCAUGUCCUUAGAGAAGAAAACCUUCCUUAAAACUAAGCUUAAUCCAGGGUUAAACGUAACUAUCUUUCGAGGAACCGGACCCUGGUAUUACUCGAAAAAUCAUUGGAAGAGAGGAAGGGGGAGUAAGGCAAUUCACUUAAGCGAGGGGUUUCAUUUUAGUCCGAAUGACAAGAAAAAAUAGGUCUUUUUCAAUUUGUAUCAACCGGUUUGGAUCACAGUUGUAGCUGGGCUCUAAAACCAUUGUAUUGUAGUACAUGACCAGAGUGAAAUAAAAGUAGUUUAGAGUGCUCAGAGAAAAUACUAGGGACAAUCCUAUAACUUCGUAUCUGUUAGUUCCUUCUUCAAAGAAGUUAUGUUUAUGUAGCCUGAAAUUCAGACGUUACUGAGGGACUAAAAACGACUCAAAAUAGUUGUCUGAAAUCAGGCUUAUGUUUAAGGUCAUUGUGAAGAUUCUCCUCCCCUCCCCCCCUAAAUCUUCAGACCUGCAGCUUGUGCCUUGUGUCUUUUCUUGUUAGAAUGCACGUUGUGUUUGUCUGGUUUUGAUCUUAUCAAGAGAAACAAAGUUGAUGCUUUAUGAUGCUAACAAGAGUUGCCUUAUUUCCGGUCACAGAUACCGCAAGUCAGUGGAAGAAUUACAGAAGAACUCGGAUAAGAAAGUUGCCCUGUUGACCAAUGCUACCAAGAAGGCAGAAACUAUUGUAUGUAUGAUCUUUAUAAUUCUUAGUGUUGGGAAAAAGUGGUGAGAGUUUCGAAGCAAUCAGUAACUCUAUCCUUUGUCGAAGCGAGCGUUCAUGUUCUUAGCGUAACAUUAAUCUGAGGAAGUUGAACCUUCACAAAAUAGAAUAUACACCCGCUAAUAAGAACCUGUGAAUUAAGGACCUGCUGGCAGAAAUUUGGCAUUUUAAUACCCAAAAAUGUAAGAACUUGUUUAGCCAAGAAAAAUCAACCAGGUUCUUGUAUGUGUCUUACAGGUAAAUACUGUAAAGAUAAACAUUUUGACCAAGGAGUUUGAAUUCGAGAUUGCCCAGUGACAUUACAAGAAGGUACUCGCACCAAACUGUAAUUACAGAUAGAAGUAUUACUGUAAUUGAAAUUCCUACAACGAAAAAAAGUUUAUAAAAAGUACAGAUUGUAAUUGUCUUCAUGAACUUUGCAUGAAGGUUUGCAAUGUAUAGUUGUGAAUAAACACUGUAUAUUUAAGGACCAAACUCUCAAGUUUCUUUAUUUUUCUGGUAGUCAACAGCUAUAUCUCCUUCAUAGAAAUGAAGAACCUAGUAAAGAACGUUCUUAGCCUGAAUUACCAAUAACUACCCCCAAUUAAACACUGUAUAUUUAAGGACCAAACUCUCAAGUUUCUUUAUUUUUCUGGUAGUCAACAGCUAUAUCUCCUUCAUAGAAAUGAAGAACCUAGUAAAGAACGUUCUUAGCCUGAAUUACCAAUAACUACCCCCAAAUAAAAGAGCCUUGUUUGCCAGGCGUCAAAUAAUGUAGGUUCUUAUUAGCUGGUGUUUACUCUUCCGUGUAUUUUCUACCCCUCAAUUCGCAAAAAUGAACGUUCACAGGCAUUUUGUUCAUCAUCCUCUUCAAAAUUAUCCGUUUGAGAUUGGGCGAGAUUAGUACAAUAAUAAUAUGGCGUGAAUGCCCUACUUUGCAACACACGGAUUUCGACCGAGCGCGCUCCUUGUCAACGAUCUUAAGUGCUCAACGAAUUAAAGCUAUGGAACAAGCUCGAGUUGGAUGAAUUAUCUGCUGUGAAAGACAGUUUCAAACUUACUCCACCCAGAUGCUCUCUAUUUGCCCGUCACUUGAAGAUAACGUCAACACUGGUGUAACGAUGGUAGAACCUUAACACAACCAUUUACGUUCGAUGGCGUUCGCCACGUUCCAUCAAGCGCCGCGUUUGGUAUACGUUCUACAGUGUAGACGAUUUCCUGUGCAAGUGUCUUGUUUACAUGCACAUAUUAAUCGAGCCAAUGUUACUUCUUUUUAAAUGUACACUUUACACAUUUCCUUCUACAGAUCAACAACCAAAAGGAACAGAUCACUAAACUGCAAUCAAAGCUGGAUAACCUGACCAACGCAGUUGGUGAUAUGAAAGCCCGUAUGGAUCCACUCAAUAAGGAAGUGAUGGAGCGCCAUGUUAUCGGUCUUUGCAUUGAAAUAGUCUUAAUUCUUCUUCUGUUUAUACUGUUUGCAAAGAGAAACAAUAAUCAGGUGACUUCUAACUCAGUGCACCUUAUGAACGGUCAUGGCCCCCCUCGACUUGCAAUUGAAGAUAGCAAGCGCAGCAAAGCCGCUGUCUUGUCUGAAGGUGAGUACUACGUUCGUGCACUGGGAAUAUUCAUCUGGCAUUUUAUCAACUUGAUAUCAACAUGAAAUGUCUCCCCACAUACCUCCUUACGUUCUGCUUAGUAGUUAAAAAUAUCAACUUGGAUUACUUUUUAGUUUGCUGUUUCUGAGUUCCAAAAACUCUCAUUUUCAAAACGAGGCUAAGUGACAUUGUUUUCUCGUGAAAAUGAGUUUAAUCUGCAUGACAAUGAAUAUUAUUAUCAUAUCAAUUAUACUUCAGAACGCAUUUAUGCAACAAGAGGUUUUCAGAACCCUUUACUUGUGAUAUCGGAGCAAUAUAUUUUGUUCAUUCAUUAUUCAUUUUUACCACCACAUUACAAGUUAUUGAAACAUCUAUUGUCGGUCCAAUGUGUACAGUGUACAAACGUAUUUAUUUUUUUCGUUAUUUAUUUGUUUUUAUUUUAGUUCCCAGGUUAAGUGGAAAAGAACAGCGUCUUUUCAGUUUUGUGAAGAUGGCGGAACCGGAGAGUAUCGUAGGCGGCACUGAUACAGAUCACCAUGACAACAAAUUAGUAAAGGCAGGUUUUCACACAAUGCAGUUGUGUAUUUUAUAAUUGAAUGGUGAAAGCUAAUCCUUGAUGUUUGAAUUUGAAUGUUAAAAUGUUAGUCCACUAGAAGGUUUCUAGAGUAAGCUCGAAUUAUCAUUCGCCAGUUCUAUUUAUUUCCAGAAGGGGAAAAAUUCACACAUGUCCAAUACUCUCGAAACAAACUCGCUUAAUAAAAAGCCAGUGAGGGAACACAGAGUAACAAUUCGGAGAGGGCCUGGGAGGGUUACAUCUAAAGCAGCAAUCCACAGGCAUCCCAAACCAUCAAAAUAGAAGUUUUCGAGACACAAGGAGGGAAAAUACAUUUUAUGUUUCUCAAGUUAAAAUUGUUUUGGAUGAGGUGGUAAAUCUGUUUGCCACCAAACACCCACGGAGGCUGGAGCUCGGGACUAUCCUGAGGGAUUAGUUCCGCAGUAUUUUGAUGAAUCAUUUUACAUCGUGAAAUUACUCCUUUAUAACUUAAUUCAAACAUUUGUAUUCGACAAAUGUAAUAUUCAGUUCCUACCAAGAGAGGAUAAAGGGGACAGAGAAGGCAUCCUCCAUACACACCCAAUUCCAUAGGUAAUUCGUCUCGAGUUAUUUUUAAGACCACAGAACCCAAGGGGGAUUAGACAACAGCCAAUCACAUAGCGCGAAUGUGUUCUGUGGAUGACCCACGCUCAGAGCCACGCGUCCUUCACGAAUUGAGGCAGAAAAAAUGGCGGAAGACGCGGAGAGCAAUAUUGCUAUUCGUUUUGUCGACGAAAACGAUUAAAGAGAGAUCUCUGCUAAAGCUGUGUCAGCGAAAAGGAAAUUAAAAAAGAAUCGCCCUUCCUCUCUUGUAUAGAGCUAACAGUACAGCAGGGAAAUCCUUAACACAGUGAAUAUUCUCUCAAGAUCAUUUAUAAUUCAAAUUUGUAAAACUAAUUACAUGUACAUGAAUAUUACUUGCUACUUGCUUUAUUGUACAAGCGACCCGUUUCAAUAGACCGGCGAAAUCUCUCAUUAUAUUAAGCACUGAGGUUACGAUAACUUCGAGUUAAACUGAUUUCACGGGUUGUCAAAGAGUCGAGCGAUUCCCUUUUCCCAGGUGAGCGCCGACUCAUUUCGCUUCAAUAUUCAGAAAUGCUCUCUAUCUCUUUACGCUUUCAUUGCCUUUCGCACGAAAUGUUUUGCACGGCGUUUAGUCAAGCGAAACCUCCACGAAACAUCCACGCAGCGCCCAAAGUAACUUUAUCCCUAUUCUAAAAAUAACUCGAGACGAAUUACCUAUGGAAUAGGGUGUGUAUGGGGGAUGCCUUCUCUGUCCCCUUUAUCCUCUCUUGGUUCCUACCGUGUACUUUGCCGUUACAAUUUCUCAUGUAUUGUUACCUUCCUACAUUUCGGUAGUUCGGUAGUUCGGUCCACUUUCGCCUCGUUAGCACCCCCCCACAUAAAAUCCUGGUUACGGGCCUGCAAUCGACACCUUUGCACUGAAGCGUCCAUGAUCUUUCCUUCUUGCUAGUACCCUAACUGAGUAAACAGCAAAUCACAGGACUACAGUGUGUGUUUUAAUGUAUUCAACGAUAAUGAACAUAUAUGUUGUAGUUACAUUUCUAUACCCAAAAACAAAAGAAAAACAAAAAUUACCUGAGAUAAAAAAUUAACAAUCUACAACAUAAACACUAUCUCUUCACUGGAAGCGAAAAAAAGCUAGCUUCAUAUGGCACUGUUAUUAGAAAUUUGUGCUUAGAAUCACAAAAUGAAAUUUCAGACGACCUAAAGUGUUAAAACUUUCCAGGAAACCCUCUGAAGAUUUAUUGUCAAUCUAGGCAAAAAUACCACAUUAGGAACCCCUCUAUGCAAAAAUGCUGGCUACACUCCUGCUGAUUGUUUCGACAACCAGUCCGACAGUCAUCUCCAGAGUCCAAUACUUUUUGUAUUACUGAAUUAGAGUCAUGGCAGCAAAAAAUCGUACUUUUAGCUUGUAAAGUCCUUGUUAUGUAAGCCGUUCCUUUACAAAAGAUGUGCCUUUACCUUUAAACUCCUCCAUCUACGUUGUCAUCCAGAUGAUGAAAACAUGAAAAAAUGUAAAAUUGACAUUUGACAUACCCAAGCAAAGGUCAAAUUCACAAUUUACCACAAAAUAGUGUGUCAAAUACCCGGGAUGGGGGGCAGGGGGGAUGUUGAAAUUUUCAAUUGAUCAGCACAUAAGGUUUAUGCUUCAUUAAUAUGCUUUUAUUAUGAAAAGAUUCGUCAUUUUUAAGGAACCUAGGAGUUCCAAACCAUUUCAUAAAAGAACCUAGACUUGCAUAAUUAUCAUCACUCGGAUAAGUAAAUGUUAAAAACUACACUUCAAUACCAGCUCUAACACAUUAUAAUGAAUUGCCAACUGGUCUACUUGCAUGUAAUUGCAUGCAGUGGUGCGUAUAGUAACUGUAAGUACAUGCAGAUAAUAAAUAGUGGUAUUUUCCUGGCUACUUACUUUUGGAUCAAAAUCUCAGGCAAAAGACAUCUCUUUCUGAGGGAUGCCAAAGUCCUUCUGAGGGAUUCCAUUUGCAACACACCUCCUUCUAAGGAUACCAAACCCCUUCUGAAACGUCUCCUUCGGAGGGAUGCCAAAAUCCUACUGAGAGAUUCCAUUUACGAGUUUGAAAAUAGAUAACUCCGCCGAUUCUUCCCUCGGAGGAAUUCCAAAUUCGCACUUCAGGUUACGUUUUUGCUUUCUUAUUGCUCUGAUUUAAUAUCGAAAGAUUCCACAUUUUCAAGGAACAGUGGAAUUUAAGACAAUUCCAUAUGCCUUUUCCUUGCCGUUCAAAUUCUUUACUCGUAAAUUCUUUUAGAAAGUCAUUGAUCGAAAGAUUCGCCAUCUUGGCCAUUUUGUCGAUCAGGCAACUCUUGUUUCUAGUCCCCCUCGAUCGCAUCCUUCGUGUUCCCCGACAGUUCGCGUUACAUGAUCCGACCUGUAGCACGCUCACUUUGUCAAAUCUAUAAAUUGACUUGUUUCACUUCUCCUGGAGUAUAACAACGAACUAACAUAUCGAAAUUCGGGAGCUGGACGAAUAGAGAACGCAUAUCGCUACCGCCAUUCGCUACACAGAAAUUGUUAUACUAAAUUAUCUCAAAUACGAGUUCGCUUUUAAAAAGAAAUUACCUCAUGAAGCGAUGCAGUUUUUGAUCGAUGAUCGGACUUCACCAGCCUUUUCUCGCUAACCAAAUAAUUAAGAUUACGUACCACAUUUUCCCGACCUCUUAUACACCUCUCCACUGCGAAAGACUGAUACAGUAGACUCCGUUUCACACUUUUCCACCUCGUUCAACAUGAUGACAAUUUUUGACCUGGCGUUACGAAUAGAAAAUGUUCUUCUCCAGGCUUUCGAAUCUAUUCGAAUCUAAUGGAUACAAUGGAUUCCACUGGAACGCCUUUUCACCCCCUUAUACAACAGGAGUGGAAUUUUCUAAGUCUCUCACAAAUAGAAAAAUGUACUUUUCCAUCGGAAUCUAUUCGUUUCCAAUGGAUCCGAUGGACUCCAUCGGAACGACUUUCCACCCCCUCAUGUAACAUGAGUGGAAUCAUUCUAAGUCUCUCACGAAUAGAAAAUGUACUUUUCCAUCGGAAUCUAUUCGUGUCCAAUGGAUCCGAUGGACUCCAUCGGAACGACUUUCGACCCCCUCAUCCAACAUGGCGGAAUUUUUCUAAGUCUCUCACGAAUAGAAAAUGAACUUUUCCAUCGGAAUCUAUUCGUGUCCAAUGGAUCCGAUGGACUCCAUCGGAACGACUUUCGACCCCCUCAUCCAACAUGAGCGGAAUUUUUCUAAGUCUCUCACGAAUAGAAAAUGAACUUUUCCAUCGGAAUCUAUUCGUGUCCAAUGGAUCCGAUGGACUCCAUCGGAACGACUUUCGACCCCCUCAUCCAACAUGAGCGGAAUUUUUCUAAGUCUCUCACGAAUAGAAAAUGAACUUUUCCAUCGGAAUCUAUUCGUGUCCAAUGGAUCCGAUGGACUCCAUCGGAACGACUUUCCACCCCCUCAUCCAACAUGAGCGGAAUUUUUCUAAGUCUCUCACGAAUAGAAAAUGAACUUUUCCAUCGGAAUCUAUUCGUGUCCAAUGGAUCCGAUGGACUCCAUCAGAACGACUUUCCACCCCCUCAUCCAACAUGAGCGGAAUUUUUCUAAGUCUUUCACGAAUAGAAAAUGAACUUUUCCAUCGGAAUCUAUUCGUGUCCAAUGGAUCCGAUGGACUCCAUCGGAACGACUUUCGACCCCCUCAUCCAACAUGAGCGGAAUUUUUCUAAGAAUACACUUGGUAGGACUUUACACCAAUAGACUUCCGGUUUUCCGAUGGAAAGCAAGGGGAUACGACUGGAUUCUGGUCGACAGUAUUGGACAACCCGCGAAAAAUUAUGGUGUAUACUGUUGCAUUGCAAAUACAGCCACCUCUCGUCGCUCUCCGUCGCUAGGAAAUGUCCCGACCCGACGGCGUGGAGCGAUGUGAGUGGGCUGUAUUUAAUGGAUAGUAGGAUUUCAUGCUGCUUCCUCACACGGCAAAUAUUGCACCACUUUGAUCAAGCUGGAAUUUCUUUCGCAGGGAGCAAUUCUAAAAUAGAGACCUUUAGAUUUGUGAGCAUGGACGACUCAGAGGUUUUUUUGCUUCUUCUCAGAAAAUAGUAAGCCCGGAAAGUUUUAUUGCAAGUUAGAACGGUAUUUUUAUUGAAGGAGUUUGAGCCUUCUCCCGAUCGCAGAGUGAUAAAACUCCUAACAUUUGAUAACUUAUUUCCGCCUCCAUGACAUUCUCGCUAAAAGGUAUAGUAGAAUGACCGCGGCUGUCACGUUUUCCCGCCAAAAUGAUGUUGGCUCACGCCACGCACUUCUUGCCAUUGAGAAAAUCUCUUCCUUGUAGCCGUCCUCGUCUUAGAAUCUAAAGGUCACUAUUGAGAAACACUAUUAAUCUAGAAAUGAUUACUAACUGUAGUACUCUAUUUCCUGUAGGGUAAUACCUUCAAUACCAGUGAGAGUAAGAAGAGACGUCAUCGCAAGCGUAAAGGGUCUAGUACACCUGAACUUCUGCCUGAUAGUCCUUUCUAUGAAACGUCCAACGGACCCGAGCCUUCCCCUGAAAGUCAUUCUAGUGCUGACGCGCCUAGGUCAGCGGGUGUUGUCAGUCGUACAGCGGGGCUGCUUUUCUCGAGUGCUCGUGGGUUCUUUGGUCGCCUUCACAAUCCAUGGAAACAAGCAAAACCCUCGACUGUGCAUAGUGAUCCCAAUGUAUCCGCAAGAAGCGAACUGAGCCAAGCGAGCAAAAGCUCGCCGAGACCAGAUAAUCCGGGUUUAUCCCGAGCAAAGAGUCUGGAGUUAGUUCCUGAAUACAUCAAUUCAAAAACCUGCACCACCACCACCAGCAGCACCGACCCUUUCUUCCGAGUUUGGCGUGAUGUUGAAGCGCCCACCAGAUUUUUAUUACCCUAA